AUCCGGAGGGAAGAGGCUGGGAGCGGCAGCAGGAGGAGGAGGGAGGUGCGGGGAUGCUGCCCUGCCCCGGUGUGUGCCAUGGGAGAGGGUGCGGUGAGAGCCCGAGGAGACAAAAGGAGCAGAGCCGCGGUCUGCGGGGCUCCGCACACGUGAAAUUUCCUGCAGCACGCUCGUUUUCUGCUCGGGGCCAUUAAACUUUGCGCGUAGUUUAUUCGCAGCAUCGCGGCAAGCGCUGGGAAGGGCAGGUGGCACAGACCCCGCCAGCUGCUGUGUUACUCCAUGCCCCCAUGACUGGCCUAGAAAUCGGCUCCCUCCUCAACAAUAAUUGAUAGAAUGGCCCUAAUUUUUUUAAGAAAUACAAGGUCUCGCUGUAGUUCACCAGAUGUUCUGCAAUUCCUUUGAGCGGUAGCAUGAACAAGUUUUACUACAUCAUGAGGAAAAUUGCAUUUUUAAGUGCAUCCUUCCACAUACAUAUGUACAGCACCCAUCUGCUUGUGCUCUCUAGUUAUUCACACUCAUAGAAACCCAUUCUCAGACUGAAGAGAGGAGAAUUUUAAUUCUACCUUGUUGAUCAUGAAGUUCAGACACAGAUUUUCAGGCCUUCUGUUAAUUUUUCUGACCUACUUUUUGUUUUAAAAAAAUCCAUUAGCUAGAUCAAAAUGGCUCAACUUAGCACUUGAGCCUGAUAUCUUUAUUCAGCAGUUUAUAAGGAGAAAGUGUGAUUUUACAUCCAUUCUUAAAUUUUUACACCUCAAGUAGUUCACUGACAGUAUUUCUGUAUAUAUUGGGCUGCAAGCAGGUACCUGUGAUGCUGCAGCUCCUCAAUAUCUUAAUUUGGGUUCCCUCAAGUUCCAGAUACGCUCCAAGGCUUGUGUUGCAGCUGGAAUUUUUGUGCAUAGCUGUGUUGCUCUACUCUCAGGCAUAAAAUCAUUCAUCUAAUUAUAAAAACCAAAAAAUGUAGUUUUCUACUCUUUUGCUGCCAUCAUAAUUAAGCUUUGUACCUGGUUUCGUUUCCUCUGUGUGGCUUUUCUCCUGAUUAUUGACUGCUCAUGAUUACUCUCUGUUUUAUGUAAAAAAUACCUACGACUCCCAGAAGCUUUGCAAGACAAGAGCAGAACUAGGAACAGUGGGAUGAGCGAUUAGUUUUCUGUUACAAAUGUUUGAAAAGAAAAAAAAAAUAGACCCUGUGGCUCUUAGCAGCAGCAGUGAGGGCAAAACCAGCCCUGUGUUCAGUGCCACCAUGUGAGUGGCACAUCGUGACUCUGUUUACAGCUGGUGGCAUCGUGCUGUGUGGUUUCUUUCCAAAACCCCUGGGAAAUACAGGUGAGAUCAGGGAGGAGGGGCUGGAAAGCACUUGGGUGAGCAAGGUGUAAAUCUGAAUUGUGGAGCAGGCAGCAGUGUGUGUUGGGGAGCAGGGGUGAGGCUGGACCAGGCGUGUUGGGAGUGCAGAGCAGCACGAGUCAGUCCUUGCUGCAGAGAGGGAGCUGCGCUAAUGCAGAGCUGAGGCUGCCCAAGGCACCUGUGAGGGCCCUUCACGCUCCCUCCCCAUCACCUUGAGCAACGCUGCUGAUUUCUCCACCCCUUUGGUGCUGUUCUCAUCUGAAGGCUCCUGUAAUGUCACUUGUCCCCAGUCUGUUUGCCAAGGAUACGACACAGCAAUGUCCCAGAGGCUGAAUGCCUUUGGUGGUGUGGCUGCACUGAGCUUCUGAACCAUUGAUCAAGGCCAUUAUUUCUUAAUUCACCCAUAUUUAGGAUUAAAGUUUUGUCAGGACACAAACUAUCUAAAAACAGCUGGGCAUACCCCUCUUGAAAUAGUGCAAAGCAUAAAAAAAUAAGUGUGUUUAAAAAGCAAAGCAAACCAUUUUUGACAACAGCUUACAUCACUUGUUUGCAGCAUUGUGCUUGUACUCCCCUCAAUACCUGUUGCAUUAUUCAGGAAAAUAGCUUUUGGGGAAAUUUCGUGAGUUGCUGUUCCUGCUCGGCACUGAGCUUUUGUAUAAAUGUUUGUUCUGUUAUUUGAGCUUAGUCCCCAAAAGCUGCAGCCCAGAAAGGCCCAGCUUGUGCCACGGAUGGGAGUGUUUGCCCCUGAGAGCAGUGAGUGUUAGGGAGGGAUCCUGCUGCUGACAGUGGUGUUAGGAAGGGCAGUGCUUGGAGAGUCCUGAUCCUGAGCAGUGCCUGUGCUCCCACUUUUCUGGCUUGGCUUUUGUUGCUUUAUCUGUUUUCAAGCAGGUCUCUGAGUUUGGUGUGUCAUGUUUGCUCUCCCUCUCAGAGAUUCAGGCUCUUACUCCUUCCUGUCCUCCUCUUGCUGUUUUGCAGCCUCACCUCUCUCAGACUUGGGUCUUUGUGUUGCUUUGCCUCUCUUCUGGGGCAUUGGCAAAAUUGUUUAUUUUAGGAGGAGAGCUUUUUUUGGGUAGAAAAGGGAAAAACUCUCUUCUAGGUCCUGCUUGUAUUGUGGUCUUAGCCAUACGUAAUCAGAUAUUGUGCCAACCAUAAUUUAAUUGUUGAGGGGCAAUAGUGCUCAUGCAAGUUUUUAAUACAAACUGACACUAAUGAAGUGAAUAUAGAUUAACCUUAUUUAAGUGUGAAAUCAAAUUGGUUAGUUACCAUUUCAUAGAAUGAAAUCCUGCCUCAGUGACAGAGGCAGGAUUUUAUUUCCCCAGGUUUUCUGGUGCUCAAUACCACAAUAUGCCUUUGCCUCUGGAAGAGGUCUGUGCCUGUAUCUGCAGCUUUUAAUAUUACUGUGUUUAUUUAAUAAGUUAUCUGCCUCUCAGAGAUAAUGUUUUUAAGCUAAAUAAAAUGUUGCAGUGUUCAAUAAAAUGUUGCACUGGGCCUUGUUCCUGCAGUGGUUGCUGCUGACCUGGAUUAUCCUCUGGCCCUGAAUGUUCUGAGACUCCACAGGAGCUUUCUAGCAGGGGAUGCAGCAGUGGCUGGAAGUUUGUCAGAGAUGGGGAACAGCAGGAGACAGCAUUUCCUCACAGAGAAAUGCCUGAGAACACACAGACAUUGAGGUUUCCUUGGUAGGGAUGUCUGCAACACAUGUAGUGAUGCAGCAGUCUCUGGGGCUUUUAAAAACUUGAAUUUCUUUAUUUUCCAUUGAUACUCCUGCAGAAACAUUAAUGUGUUUGUGUGGGCUCUGGGUCAGUCAGCAUCAUUACUUCACAAAGGAAUGUUUAUAUGAUACAGAAAAUAAAAAUCAAUUCAGAACUAACUUUGUCUUUUGUGUUUUGGCAGGUUUAAAAUAAUGGCUGAAGAUGGCAGUGAGGAGAUUAUGUUUAUUUGGUGUGAGGACUGUGGGCAGUACCACGAUUCAGAGUGUCCUGAGCUGGGCCCAGUGGUGACAGUCAAAGACUCCUUUGUAUUGAGCAGGGCAAGAUCAUCUCUGCCUUCUAAUUUGGAGAUAAGGCAGCUGGAGGAUGGGACUGAGGGAGUGUUUGCUCUGACUCAGCUGGUGAAACGUACCCAGUUUGGCCCCUUUGAAUGCAAGAGAGUUCUCAAGCUGGAGAAAGAAUCAGUUUUUCCCCUGAAGGUGUUCCAGAAGGAAGGGCCCCUGGUGUAUUUUGACACCACAAACGAAGAUGAUUGCAACUGGAUGAUGAUGGUGCGCCCAGCCACCGAGUAUGAGCACCAAAACCUCACAGCCUUCCAGCAUGACAAUGACAUUUACUUCACCACCUGCCAGGACAUCCCCCCAGGAACUGAGCUGAGAGUGUGGUAUGCAGCUUUUUACGCCAAAAAAAUGGAAAAGCCAGUGCUGAAGCAGGUCACUAGUGUUGCCAAUGAUACAUCCUUGGUAGCAAUGGAGUCUGAUAAAGAGGGGAAUAAUAAAGUCUCUUCAAAACCUUCAUCUGCUGUCUUACCCCAUAAAAAAAACAAGAAAUCCAGCAUUUUGGCAGCUGAUCCAGCAGUGAACACUCCAGAAGGCAGUGGAACAGCAGAAGCAAAGCCCAACCAGUGGACGUGUAAAGUGUGUUCAUCUGCUUUCCAAGAGCCCCAGCUGCUGACAGAGCACUUGCUGAGUCACCUGGAACAAGCCAAAGGUGCCUCCCCAAGCAACCAAAAUGAUGCUGAGAAAGCAGAGAAAGCAGCAGAGGCUGUGCCAGCAGAUCAACCAGUGGCAAGUGAUACAGGCAGUGCCAGCACAGACUCGAGGAGAAAGGCCAGGAGGGGGAGAAAAGCCAAAUCAGCAAAAGUAGAAACACCUCUUGUCAUUGAUGAGGAGAAAGAUCCUGCAGUGGAACGUGUGGCUGACGCUGUCCCUGAGGUCCCUCCAGAGGAGGUGGCCCUGCCCCCAGCUCCAGAAGAGAGCAUCAUGGACCUGGUUUUAGGAAAGAUGCCCAGCACCACAAACAGCAUCAGCUCAGUGACAAAUAGGUUUGCUCAUCACCAAAACACCAUGUCCCUCAAAAGAAGUUUCAUUCUCUCCAGUAGACACGGGAUUCGGCGGAAGCUGAUAAAGCAGCUGGGGGAGCACAAGAGGGUCUAUCAGUGCAGCAUCUGCAGUAAGAUCUUCCAGAACAGCAGCAACCUCAGCAGGCACAUCCGUUCUCAUGGUGACAAGCUGUUUAAAUGUGAGGAAUGUGCCAAGCUGUUCAGCAGGAAGGAGAGCUUGAAGCAGCACGUUUCCUACAAGCACAGCAGGAAUGAAGUGGACAGUGAGUACAGAUACAAGUGCACCACGUGUGAAAAGGCCUUUCGGAUAGAGAGUGCACUGGAAUUCCACAACUGCAGGACAGAUGACAAGACAUUCCAGUGUGAGAUGUGUUUCAGAUUCUUCUCUACAAACAGCAACCUUUCAAAACACAAGAAAAAACACGGGGAUAAGAAGUUUGCAUGUGAGAUCUGCAAUAAGAUGUUCUACAGGAAGGAUGUCAUGCUGGACCAUCAGAGGCGGCACUUGGAAGGGGUGAGGCGUGUGAAGAGAGAAGACUUUGAGCACAGCACGGAGAGCAUGGUUCGCUACAAGAAGGAGCCCUCGGGCUGCCCCGUGUGUGGGAAGGUAUUUUCAUGUAGGAGCAACAUGAACAAGCACCUUCUAACACAUGGAGACAAGAAAUACACCUGUGAGAUCUGUGGACGGAAAUUUUUCAGAGUGGAUGUGCUGAGAGAUCAUAUUCAUGUCCAUUUUAAGGACAUAGCCCUAAUGGAUGAUCACCAGAGGGAAGAGUUCAUUGGGAAAAUUGGAAUCUCAUCAGAGGAAAAUGAUGACAACUCUGAUGAAAGUGCAGAUUUAGAGCCUCACAAGUAUAGCUGCAAAAGGUGCCAGCUGACCUUUGGCAGAGGGAAGGAGUACCUGAAGCACAUCAUGGACGUGCACAAGGAGAAGGGUUAUGGCUGCAGCAUCUGCAACCGGCGCUUCGCCCUCAAGGCCACGUACCACGCGCACAUGGUCAUCCACAGGGAGAACCUGCCCGACCCCAACGUGCAAAAAUACAUCCAUCCAUGUGAAAUCUGUGGCAGGAUUUUUAACAGUAUAGGAAAUCUGGAAAGACAUAAGCUUAUACAUACAGGUGUAAAAAGUCAUGCUUGUGAGCAAUGUGGCAAAUCAUUUGCUAGAAAAGACAUGUUAAAAGAACAUAUGCGAGUCCAUGAUAAUAUCCGAGAAUACUUGUGUGCAGAGUGUGGCAAAGGAAUGAAGACCAAACAUGCACUUCGUCACCACAUGAAGCUGCACAAGGGGAUUAAGGAGUACGAGUGCAAGGAAUGUCACAGAAAAUUUGCACAGAAAGUCAACAUGCUGAAGCAUUACAAGAGACACACAGGAAUCAAAGAUUUCAUGUGUGAGCUCUGUGGCAAGACAUUCAGUGAGAGAAACACAAUGGAGACUCACAAGUUGAUUCAUACAGUAGGAAAACAGUGGACGUGUUCAGUGUGUGAUAAGAAGUAUGUCACUGAUUACAUGCUGCAGAAGCACAUCCAGCUCACCCAUGACAAGGUGGAAGCCCAGAGCUGUCAGCUGUGUGGCACAAAGGUUUCCACCAGGGCGUCCAUGAGUCGACACAUGAGGCGUAAACACCCAGAGAUUCUUUCAGUGAGGAUUGAUGAUUUAGAGCCGCUGCCAGAGACAACCACCAUUGAUGCCUCUUCAAUUGGGAUUGUUCAGCCGGAAUUAGCCUUGGAACAAGGUGAACUACCAGAAGGGAAGCAGCACGUAAAAGCUCCUAAAAGUGGCCAGAAAAGAAAACAAAAGUCAGGUGAGGAAGAGGAAGCUCAAGUGCCUGAGGACCCUGCCUUCAGUGAAUACACAGAGAAGGAAGGUGAAUUCACAGGGAAUGUUGGAGAUGAAACCAAUUCAGCUGUACAGAGCAUCCAACAGGUGGUGGUGACGCUCAGCGACCCGAACGUCUCAGCGCCCUCCAGCUCGGUGGGACUCACCAACAUCACCGUGACCCCCAUCACCACGGCAGCUGGCACCCAGUUCACCAACCUGCAGCCCGUGGCCGUGGGCCACCUGUGUCCCCCAGAGAGGCAGCUGCAGCUGGACAGCUCCAUCCUCACCGUCACCUUCGACACCGUCAGCGGCUCGGCCGUGCUGCACAACCGCCAGAGCGACAUUCAGCUCCCGCCACAGCCCGAGGCUCCCAACCCCCAAUCCGUGGCCCAUUUCAUAAACCUGACCACCCUGGUGAACUCCAUUGCCCCCCUGGGGACCCCCCAGAUGACAGAACAGCACCCCCUGAGCUGGAGGUCGGUGCCUCAGACUGAUGUGCUGCAGCCCCCGGCGCCGGCCGCGCCGCAGCAGCCGGGCCAGCAGCCCGUCCAGACAGAGCAGCAGCAGCAGCAGAUGUACAGCUACUAAUUUAUACUUGGCCGUGGACAGUACUCAGAGACACAGAAAAACACACUGACCUUUGGAAAAUUUCUACUAGGAUUGUUUGCUGGAUACCAAACAGAGAUGGGAAUUGAAUUUCGUCGUUUAUACAAUGAAAUUUAGGCUGAAAUUGGCAGAUCACCCUGCAACACCCCGGUCUGAGGUUCACACAUUGUCCCAAGAUCUUACACUUUAAAAAAUAACAGAAAGGGAAAGAAAAAAAAUCUCACCACAAAUUUAGCACCCCCUUGCAGUUGUGCACUAAGAUUGAGAUUUGGCAGGUGCAUCAUCACACACCUUAACCAAAGCAGGGAAAUCCUAAAUUUUGCUGCACUUGUGAUGUACAAAAACCCUUUCAGCCAUACCAUGUCACUUCUUUCCAAGUCUGGAAGUGGCACCUGAAGAUCUGUUCACAGUGGGUGGAAUGUCCUUGUGGUCAGCUGGUAGAGACUGAAAUGUGAAGACACAAAGGGGCAAAACAGGAAUUGUCUUUGUUUCUUAUCUUCUUUAGGUCUUGUAUCUAACAACAUCAGUAAAGUAGGUGGAAUUUGGGGGUUUGGGGUGGGCAUGAGUGUGGUGUGGAAGAAAAUAUUACCAAUUAUUUCCAUUUUAGUCAUGGGAAAAACCCUGUACCCAUCAGGCAGUGCUAGUGCUACUUGAGCCAGAGAGCUAAUGCUGAAGCAAAUUUUUAUGGUCUUCUAGUCAAGUUUCAAUCAAAACCAAUUACAAACUGAAAGAAGAAUGUGAUACAGUUUUAUGUAAUUUUUAAAACCUCCUCUUUCAAUCUUGCCUUUAGCUAAUAGCCCUGAAGAGCAAUCAGUCCCCUUUGAUGAAAUUCAGGAUGUGAAUUUUUUUCAAUUAGACUUAUUUCAUCCUGUAAUAAACAUUUGAGAAAGCAUUCUUUUUAUAUAUAUAUACAUAUAUAUAUAUAUAUAGCCUUUGUAUUUUACUGUGUGUUCCUGGUGAGUAUUUGUGUGAAAAACUCUGUUACCAACACAAUUCAUGAAUUCUUUCAUCCCCAUGUCGCCACUUGUCAUGGGAAAAAAAUAUGGAUUCUGUUCCUUCUGUUCCCAAAAUUUAUUUCCAAAGUUCACAGCCACACACAUGGUUGUGUGAAGUGCAAGAAAAAGAAAAAGGAAUGUCUGAAGCAUAUUCUGUGUCCUGCCACAUGGAGUCAGUGUGCCCCAGUGUAUCAAGGGCGAGGUUUGCAUCACUGCUGGGGAUGCAAAUCCUGGGCUGGGUCAGAGCCCCUGCAUUGCAUUCUCCAUCCAUGGAUGUGCAGUCUGGACUUUUGCAUGUCAAGAAUAGGAAGAUAGUGUAAUUCCCACAGGGAAAAUGAGCUGGUAGCAAAAAGGAAUAAACUAAAUAUAUAUAUAUAUAUAUAUAUAUAUAUAAUAUACAUAUAUAUAUAUAUAAAAUGUUGUUGCUUGAAAUCCUAAAGGGCAAACCCUGCUGUGGCUGAGGAACAAGGUCCUUUGGGGCAGCAGACUGAGCCACAGAACUCUGCUGGAGGGUUUUAUUUUUCCCUGAGGAUAAAGCAGCUGCUGUGUCUGACAGUGAGGAUGGGUUGGUGGUUGUAAAAAUCCUGUCUGUGCUUAUUGUAUUUAUGAAAAAUUCUAUGUUUUAGCAGAAGUAUGAGUAGGAACGACUUCAGCUUUGAAAGUCUCUAUUAACAUGGACUACUUGACCCUUAAAGGUUGCCUUACAAUCUCUACAACAAAUUCUCCCAAAGUAUAAAUGUCUGGAUAUUAAAAUUAACCUCCAGUGCUUUUCUUGGUGCCAUGGCUGUGUCCAGAGACUGGGGCUUUGUGUAAAGCUGCAGGACAGGGAUAGCAAAGGGGUUUCUCGUGACAGAAUUUGUGUGUCAGAGGAGCAGAACUACUUUUGAUUAAAUGUCAACAGGUCUGUAAAAUACCUGCAUGGGAGGGAGCAGUAUUUGAUGGGACAAGGAUGCAGAUCAGAAAGAAAGGUACCUUUUAUCACUGUGGGAAAGAGAAUUUUUCAUUCCCUGUUCCAUUCUGUCUUCCUUAGGUAAUUCUCACACAAAUACUGUGAGAUCCUGUAAUUUUUCAGCCUCCCAAUAUCCUGAGAACCAUUCCUGGAUUCUUUCACCACUGGCUUGAGCUAGUUCAGUUUCUCCUCAACUGUCCUGCCAAAAAUGCUUCUGUUUCACACCAAACCAAUGGGCAAGAGGAAGCCAGGUUUUAUUUAUGAAAUACAUUGUUUAUGUACUUGAAACUUCUUUUUCCCCCUGUGUUUGCCUAAUUGGUAAAGGCACAUUAUCUUUUGUCAGGUGGAAAAAGGGGAAAAAAGGGGAGGAAGGCAAAUUCUGUGAUUCUGUGAAAUGGAGAACUCAUGAGAUUCUGUGAAAGAGAACUCCUAUUACCACAACACUUGAGUUGUUGUGUUAAUAUAGAAUUUUUACACAAUCAAAGCUUUUCUGAGACACAUGUCAAUGGUGAUUAGGCUUUUCAUUGGGGAGGAAGAGGUUUUUUACCUUAGCAGAGUCCAUCUUCUCUAUAUUGAUACUACUGACAGUGGCAUUUGUGCUGCAUUUAAUCAACCUGCAUCAUUUUAACACAUAAUUUCCUGCUUGAUAAGAGUUGCACUCAGAGGAAAUCAACCUUUAGAGACCUCUCUGGCUUCACAAAAUCUCUAUUCCAAUGUAAUUCCCUGGUUUUCUGUACUCUUCUGGGGUUUGGCAUUGCUCCCAUUCUACCUGGCCUCAGUGACCUCAUCCAGGCAGUGGGAUCUUCCCUUUCUGGCAGGGAAGGUUGAUUUCUUCCAUUCUAGAAGGAAUGAUCCCACAGGAAGUGCUUGCAUGCUGGUUUUCACAUAGAAAUGUCCCUCUUCAAUCUCUUAGAAUCCCCAAAAUCACAGAACAGCCCAGGGUGGAAGGCACCUCCAAAGAUGAAUGAACCUGAUCCAGCCUUUUUCUGGGGAAAGGGAGCACAGGUGAGGUGAUAAAAUCAUAAAAUCAUCAUUAACCUGUCUAAUUGCAUCUUUUACACCUCCAGUGACACAACUCUGGGAAGGUUGUUCCAGUGGCUGAUUGUUUUUCCUGUAAAAAUUACCUUAAAUAAUGUUCAGGAGAGGAAAAUAAAACCACUGGAAAGGCUUAGAGUAGAAAACUCUGAAUAUGAUCUUCCCAGAGCUCUCCUUUGAGCCAGGAUUGUGAGUUUCUCCACGGCCCUUGCUGUGCUGCCUCAUCAUCGUCUCCCAGCAUGAUUUUAUUAUUACUCCUGUUAUUAACAUCCAUAUGAGAAAACAACUGUAUCUUGGGUGUGCUGCACCACGGGGAAAAAAAAUCCAGAGCAAAUUACUCUGUUUGCUUUUUGUUUCAAAUGGUUUUGUUUGGAGAUGUUGGAAAUUGCUGCCUUUUCAGACAGAGCUUCCCUUGGACAAGCAGUGACUGCUCUCCCAACUAAGCCUUUUCCAGGUGAAUACCAAAGUUGUACUGAUGCUGUUUGCAAGCUGCACAAGAAAUAAAACCACUCCACAAGGGAUGUGCAAUCUAAAUUUCCUCUGCCAAUUUGUUCCCUGCCUUUUCAGCUGUAGGAUGUGAAGGCUUUCUUGUUUUGCAUAACAGCUAUUCAGUCACAAACUGGAAUUACUUUGAGCCAAAGGAAUGAUGUUGUGUGGUGUUCUGUGUAUUGUCAUUGUUUAUUGCUAAAAUUAUUUAAUUGAAUGCUGUCUGUGGCACACUGGGCUCUGAAGUAAAGGAGCAUCAAGGUACAGAAUCCUUUCUCUGCCAGUGUUAUUCUUUACUGUUCCUUAAUUAAGAUAUCAAACUUUUUUUUUCCAUCAAAUCUCUUAGAUUUGCCCCAAAAGCAACAAGAUUAACUCUCAUUCCCAUGGAACUUUGUACAUCACAAAUUAGAGAAACAUGGAGUAACAUUCUAAAAUAUUUAUUCUGUAGCUUGUUAUUGGUAAUAAGAGAAAGCAAAAGAGAUUCAAUAUU